AUGGCAUCACUGAGAGCUUCAUCGUUGCCAUGUGUUGAGAAGAUUGAGGGAGGUGUAGCUCUGUUGAUUAGAGUUUCAGAGGUUGAAACUCUAGCAACAAUGGAAGCUGAGCUUUAUUGUUAUGAAAAUCUGUCGGAGUUAGUUACAGUUGGGGAUUCUGUUAUGGUUGUUAGGAUUCGGUUGGGAUCUUUGAGAGGUUUGUUAGUUAGUGAGGAGAAGUUAUAUGUAACUAAUUUUGUUAGGUUAGUUGAAGUUGGUUAUGGAAUUUGGUUAGAGGUUGUUGGUGAGGUUUAUUUUUCUGGUUUGAAAGGUUUAUGCAGGGCUGAAUGUGAUUUAGUGAAUACAGGUUUGGAUGCACGGGACAGACACCGAGUUUCAGACAGAUUCAUUACGGUUAUGUCGCGUUUUGAGCUUGCCAACAAAAAAACUUCUAUUAUAACUGAUGAUUCAUUAUGGACGAAAUCAGCCGCUAAACGAACUAGGUUCCGUCGAUUUAGCAUUAUGAAGCAUAAGAAAGUCAAAAGAUUUAGACCAACAAUUCCUGGAUUUAACAAUACCCCUACCGGCAUUAGGAUUCCACUGUCUGAAAUAAGUCAACCACCUUCUUCUCAACAAAACCGAAACAUGUUGCCACAGACUCGACCCUCUUGUACUAAACAUGGAAUUCACAUACCUCCUAAACUGUUGGAAAUUAAUAACAUCAGCACAAACCUACUUUCAUCCUUUUCCCUAGCUGUAGCAAAACAAGGAAGAGAGAAUCUAAACCCUGCUACACUUAUACAACCUGGGCAGAAAUCAAUGAAUCCCUCCGAUACAGAUGCACAUAUCAUGCUAACCUAUGAUCAUUUCAAUAUUUACAACUCUCUCAAUUUCAUCUCUCCAACAGUACAUAUUGGAGAAAGUUCACAAACUCCAUCAAAUCCUAUUACAUGCAAUGUUUUUAAACCAACUGUUAACAUUGAUUUUGAAAGCGACAACGAGAGUGAUGACGAUAAUGAUUCUGAUUAUGACCCUUUCUUAGUGGACGAAUCAUCUGAUGAUGAAAGUCUAGAAGAUGACGACAACACUCCUCCAUUCUCAACUGCUAACCAACCACAAGCUAACACUGAAGAAUAUUUCGAUCUUGGAGAUGCGAGAAUGGAGUGUGGAUAUUGCAAUGCAUUAAUGUGGUAUCAAGAAAGGAAGGACAAGCACAAACAUUUUGCAAAUCCAAAUAAAAGUUUUCAAACAAAUUUGCGAACAUACAACAUGAUGUUUGCGUUCAUAUCUCCUGGUGCUAAGUUGGACAACAAAUUCAACAAUGGUCGUGGCCCGCCAAUGAUUCGCAUCCAAGGUCAGUGUUGCCACAGAAUUGGGAGUUUAUUGCCACUAGAUGGUCAACGACCUAAAUUUGCUCAGCUGUACAUAUAUGAUACAGAAAAUGAAGUUUCAAAUAGAAUGGAUAUUCUACGCAACAAGGACAACAUUGAUGAACAAAUUGUUGGCAAAUUGUCUGAAAUGUCGUACAAGUAUAACAUACAUGCCAAGAGUUUCCUGAUGGCAAGACAAAGACUUAAUGAAGGAAAUGUUCACAAUCUAAAACUCAGGUUAAUAGCAAAUAGAACCACAGAUGGAAGAGUGUACAACCAACCUACUGUUUCUGAGGUGGCAGCCUUGAUUGUUGGUGACAUUGAUACGGGAGAAGAAAAAGACAUUAUUAUGCAAAAACAAGGGGGAAAACUUAAACGCAUUGAUGAGUUCCAUGCAAGCUACCUCGCCUUCCAAUAUCCUUUAAUAUUUCCAUAUGGAGAAGAUGGUUAUAGACCAAAUGUUGCACACAGAGAUCUUGACAUAUUUGAUGAUAAUCCUAGGAGUAGGCUGACUAUAAGAGAAUGGCUAGCUUUUCGAAUCCAAACUCGGUCGCAUGAAGGAAGAACUCUUUUAUCAUCGAGAAGGUUGUUUCAACAAUUUCUGGUGGAUGGUUACACAAUGCUAGAAGGAGAGAGGUUGAAAUGGCUUAGAAAUAAUCAGUCUAAACUUAUAGUGUCUAAGUAUAACAAUCUAAACCAAGAUGGAGAUGAAAGCCAAACUGAAGGUUCAUCGACUGGAAAAAGAGUAAUUUUACCGUCAUCAUAUGUUGGUAGUAGGAGAUUUAUGGAUCAAUUAUACUAUGAUGGAAUGGCUAUAUGUAGUAAAGUGGGAUUUCCAGACCUAUUUAUUACUUUCACUUGCAACCCGAAUUGGCCGGAAAUUCAAAGAGCUUUAACACCUCUAAACAUGAAGGCACAUGAUAGACCUGACAUCAUUGCUAGGGUGUUUUAG